AAUAGGAGCGCUCGGUGCAGGUGACGUCAGCGCGCUCGCUCCAAAACAUUCAGGGUCUCGACGGUUCCGGCGUCCGUGUAAAUAAAAAGAAGAAUAUUCAUCCGCUAAUGGAGGAGAGCGUCCACGCCAAAGCCGAGCCCGACCCCUCCGCCCCGUCACGCGUCAAGAGGCCCGACGCGGCCCUCUACGUUCCCAAAAAGAAGCAGCCCCCGUGCAAGGAGAAGCCCCCAUCCGAGGGUGAGCAGAGACCCAAACCCAGGCCUCGCUACACCGACAAAUCCCGGCGCUACAACUCCAAAAACAAGAAGGACAGAGGGGGCGGGGAGAAGAAGGAAGAAUCGGGGGUUUCGAACGGCGACGGAGAAGGAGACGAAAAGCGGGACGCAGACGUCUCGACCGAGUCGGGGCCGAAACUGAAAGAGGAGGAGAAUAAGGAGGAGGAGAACGAGGAGGAGGAGAAAGAGGAGGAGGAUGGUGACAACUGGGAUGCUUUAUUUGCAGAUGACGGAGAAUGUCUCGACCCGCAUCUUCUAGAAGAGGAGGCCGGCCGCAAGAAGACGUCCGUCCAGGAUCCGCGCUUCGACUACUACAGCUGGUCCCCGGAGGACGAGGAGGUGGAGCUCCGGGACGACGAGCUGUCGCACAUCGUGGAGAUCUACGACUUCCCCACCGAAUUCAAGACCGAGGACCUGAUACGGGCCUUCGGCUCCUACCAACAGAAAGGGUUCGAUAUAAAGUGGAUUGAUGACACUCACGCUCUCGGGCUCUUCUCCAGUCCUAUAGCAGCGCGGGACGUCCUGAGGACCAAACACCCCAUGCUGAAGGUCCGACCCCUGUCUAAAUCAUCCUCCGCCACUAAAGCUACAGCCCGGGACUCGUCAGACUACCUCCUCCCGGCUAAAGAGCGACCCCAGACCAGCGCCACUCUGGCCCGCCGCCUGGUCGUCGGCGCCCUGGGGGUGAAGAGCACGGUGACCCAGGAGCAGCGCGAGGCCGAGAAGAACCAACUCCGCCAGGCCAGAGAACAGAAACGACUGGCAGCCAAGCAGAGAGAGGACGCCUGGGAGGGGAAGUGAAGUGCACGAGGGGGGGGGGGGGGGGG